GCAGCCGGCUUUUCCCUCCACAUGUGCGCUGCUAACUACGUCUGCUACGCGUUGUUUCGGUCUGGCCUUGCCGCGCGGUGUAGCUCGACGAAUCGUCGGUUCGCUCGGGCGCAUUUGAUAAAAUGCUUUAAGUGCCAUUCCGCGGAACGGAGUGGAGCCACAGUAGGACAGCUGUUGCGUGCCAUGCGGCCGGAAGUCCCCGUACGACUGCUGCUGUUCGCCAAGGCCCGCGAACUGGCCGGCGCCUCCGAGGCUUCGCUCGUGUUGCCCGCCGUGCUUCGAGACGUCGAGGAGCUGAAGCAAGUGAUCUUCGAGGCCUACCCCAUGCUUGUGGCCCUGCAGCAGAGUGCAGUGAUUGCCGUGAACGAGUCGUACGUCGAGUCCGGUGUCGAGGUGACGCUGCGACAAGGCGACGAAGUCGCCUUCAUACCUCCUAUCAGCGGCGGUUGAUCGCGGGCGCCCGCGGUGCGUAUAAAAUUUUUUU